ACCUUGCACAGAAACUAGUACCCUUACAUUUGUUCUGUUGCAUUACCUAUAUCCUAUCAUAUAAAGUACAUUAAGAUCUACCAAAUUUCAUGGGUGAUCAUUCUGCUGCAGAUCAUUUUCAGGCUUUGAAUUCUUCUUCUUCUUCUUCUUUGAUGAACUCAAAUAAUAUGGAACUAUUAAAUAGCAUAAGCCUUGAAACUGAGAAUUUCAGCUCAAAUAUUAACCAACAUGGGUUUUUGGCUUUAUCAAAUGAAGACUUUUCGAAUCAUCAUCAGCUCCCAAACAUGGCUUUUCAUACUGAUAUGAAUAUCUCAAAUUCCAUUUCUGCUCAGAAUAUUUAUGAUCCAGCUGCUGCUGCUGCUGCUGCUCAGUUUUUUACCUUGGGAGGUCCAAGUAAUUAUGGCUGCAGUAGCAAUAUGAAUUCAAUUCCUGAAUCAGAGUCCAUACUGAAUAAUCAUAUUCCAACUCCUCCACCUCUACUGUCUGGAACUGCCAAGAACUGUGAAGGGAGAAAGAGAAAAAGAAACAAUCAGAAAGAAGCUGAGAAGCCAAGAGAAGUUGUUCAUGUUAGAGCAAAGAGAGGCCAAGCUACUGAUAGUCAUAGUUUGGCAGAAAGACUUCGAAGGGAGAAAAUAAAUGAAAAACUUAGAUGCUUACAAGAACUGGUUCCUGGAUGUUACAAGACUAUGGGAAUGGCAGUGAUGUUGGAUGUAAUAAUCAACUAUGUCCGUUCAUUGCAAAAUCAAAUUGAUUUUCUUUCAAUGAAACUAUCAGCAGCAAGUUUAUUUUAUGACUUCAACUCAUCAGAGAUGGAUGAUAUCGACUCAAUGCAGGGAACAAACGGGUAUGCAGCUCAAGGAAUGGGGAAGAUUGUUGGUGAAGGGUAUGGAGGAUUUCCUCCUCAGUUUCAAACAUCUUGGCCUCUUUGACCUACUUAUGAUCACCAUGCUUUAAAAUCUGCCUAAGAAAAUUAAUAUACCCAAUAAUAUGUAGUAGCACAUAAUUAACUGUAUUUUGAACUUCCUUACUGGUAAACCCUUUGUUUCCAUUUCAACAAUCUUUUCUUCUUUUUUACUUUCUGUAUUCUAAGUAAUUAUUCCAAAAAAUGAUAGUGUUAUGAAGAAAAUCCAUUUACGCUGAUAAAAUUAGA